AUGAAUCACGAUAACCUCACCUCCGCUUCCGAGCACUCGUACCAGGUAGAUUGGCUCGGUACUUGGCGUAUGUGCUCCAGUCUGCCGUCUUGUGUCCGCUUGAGAUGGGAAACUCAGGCUACUGAGGAGUGCAUCCGUGAUGGCAAUGCCGGCACUGCCGAGGCAGUAUUUUUCGACAUCUUCCUCGUAAGGUUGUGGAUUGAAACCAUGGUCCACAACAAUAAUUUUGAACUGAAUUUGUUCGUGUAUCUGGACAACAAUGCGGCCCUUUUCAUCUACGUUUCUGUCCCUGCCGAUGAUUCACUGAUAUCUUCGUCGCUGCUCAGUCCCAGCAUCAUCAUAAGUGACCUGAGCCCCGUAAAGAGAGUCCAAGUCUUUCACGAGGAGCUGCUGUUGAUUGCCGAAUGUUAUGCUGAAGUGUUUCUUGCCGAGACCACCUAUAUCAGGCGGUCAUCACGGCCAUACUGA